CAUCAACAUGGGCGGAAUCAAUCUCGCCGAGUGGCAGAAGCUGCCAAUGAGCCUCUCAGAGCUCUGCAUCAACACUACACUCCGUUGCGGCCAGUCCUUCCGCUGGCGCAAAAACGACCUCGAUGUCUGGUCCAUCGCCCUCCACAACCGCAUCCUUUCCCUCCACCAAGACCCGCAAUACCUCUACUACCGCUCCAUCCCACCAACGACAACGACCCUCACAACGCCACCAACGCCGCCCUCCUCCAAACCCGCCUCUCCACCAUCAUCCUCCUCAUCCGACGACACACUCUCCCUAAUCCACCACUACCUCAACCUCGAACCCAACCUUACCACCCUCUAUGCCCAAUGGGCCGCCUCCGAUGCCAACUUCGCCCGCAAAGCACCACAAUUCACUGGCAUUCGCAUCCUUCGACAAGACGCAUGGGAAGCUCUCAUCGGCUUCAUUUGCAGUUCCAACAACAACAUCGCGAGAAUUGGGCAAAUGGUACAUAAACUUUGCAUACGAUACGGUCCGCUGUUGGGAUACCUCGACGAGGAACCUUACCACGAUUUCCCGGAACCGAAAGAUUUGGCGCAAGAUGGUGUGGAAGCGGAGCUGAGACGGCUGGGAUUUGGGUAUCGGGCGAAGUACAUUUACAAGACAGCGUGUAUGGUUUCAGAGAAGCCGGACGGAUGGCUGGACACCCUGCGCAACCCCGAGACCCCCAUCCUCGGCGUCGAACCCUCCGAUGCGGGAAAGUGGGCCGCAGAAGGAAGAGAAGGCUACCGAACCGCUCACGCCGAGCUCCUCACACUCCAAGGCGUGGGUCCGAAGGUCGCGGAUUGCGUGAGCCUGAUGGGACUGGGAUGGGGCGAGGCGGUACCCGUCGAUACGCACGUAUGGCAGAUCGCGGUAAAAGACUACAAAUUCGGAAAGGGUAAACACGCGAGUCUGACGAAGCAGACGUAUGAUGCCGUCGGGAACAAAUUCCGAAGUCUGUGGGGGAAGGAAGCGGGUUGGGCGCAUUCGGUGCUGUUCACGGCGGAUUUGAAGGCGUUCAGCGAGAGGUUGGUCAAGAAGGAAGAGGUGAAGGAAGAGGUGAAGGAGGAGUCGGAAGAGGAUGAGGAGGUUGAGCCGGAACAGGAGGUGGCGGUGCCCGUGAAGCAAGAGACAGCGAGCCGGCGGACGGUGAAGAGAGAGCGGGACGAAGAUGAGGAUAGCAAGUCGGUCAAGGUUGAGAAGAAGGUUCGGAGACCGAAGAGGGCAAGGAGGAAUUGA